GGAUAUCCAGCCUAGGGAAAAGCACCAGAGGAAUGCCUCAGCCCAGCAGAAGAAACCUUGCCACGUCAGCCAAUCCGCUCAAGUCCUGCCUUAGAAACACCUGUUGAUUCCCCCUCCCCCACUCCAGGCUCACCUGGGUGCAGGUUAGGCAGGUGAAGCACCUCCCCGGAAACGGAGCUGGAGUGACCUACCCGCCAGCCCAGUUUGCUCAGAGAGGAUCCAGCAUUUCCAGGCUUCUUGAGCCAGCGGUGACAGCUGAGGCCAUGUGAGUGGAUCUUGAAUGAGGCUUUAUCUUUGACUCUUCCUCCAUCUUCUACGGUGGUACCAGCAUCCUCGGCCAGCCAGGAUGGGACGGGCAACCGAGAGAACUGGAGCCAGAGAGGUGAUGGUGACCAGACCCGGGACUGUGAGAGGAACGGGAUUCAGGGUCUCUAGCUGCCAAGUAGGCCAUGCUCUGCACCCUUUAACCCCUGACACUGACCUCUGCCUUCUGCCCUGACCCUGCCAGCCCCAGCCAUGCCUGGAGGAGAAGCUCAGGGCUCCCUGCGCCCAGGGCUGCCCCCGGAAGUGCUGGCGGAGCAGGUGGAGCUAUGGUGGUCCCAACAGCCGCGGCGCUCUGCCCUCUGCUUCGCCAUGGCUGUGGGCCUUGUGGCGGGCUGCGGGGUGGGCGGUGUGGCUCUGCUCUCUUCUACCAGCAGCCGCUCAGGCGAGUGGCGGCUGGCAGUGGGCACUGUGCUCUGCCUGCUGGCCCUGCUGGUCCUGGUGAAGCAGCUGAUGAGCUCGGCCGUGCAGGACAUGAACUGCAUCCGCCAGCCCCACCACGUGGCCCUGCUGCGCAGCGGUGGGGGUGCCGAUGCCCUCAUGGUGCUACUCAGCGGCCUCGUGCUGCUGGUCAUGGGCCUGACGCUGGCCGGGCUGGCCGCAGCCCCUGCCCCAACCCGGCCCCUGGCCACCAUGCUGUGUGUGGGCAUCGCCCUGGCUGCUUCAGGCUCACUCUUACUGCUGGGCUUGCUGCUGUACCAGGUGGGCAUGAGUGGACACUGCCCCCCUAUUUGCGCCCCCACCCCCACUGCCCAUGGUGACCCCAGGGACAAUGGCGGCGUCUUCAGCAUCUCGGGACAGUUGUCUGCUGGCCAGCGUCCUGAGACCACCUCCAGCAUCGCCAAUCUCAUCUGACCGAGCCGGAGCCUUCCUUCCCACCACCUGCUCGGAGCCGCAGAACUGUGCCAGGUCACGCGUGUGAGCCAGCACGUGUGCGAGAGGGGAGGGGAGAGGGCAGAUGAGGCGUGGGUUGUCCCGAGACAGUCAGCCCGCCUGUGGAUUGUAUGAGGUGAUGAAGACCUUUUUGUACUCAUGCCCGCACCUCAGGAGGGUGAGUGCGGGGCUCCCGGGAACCUGGUGUUUGUCCCACAACUGUCAGAGUUGACCUGUCUGUGUCUGGAGUCUCUGGGCAGAGAAGUGUCUGGGAUCCCUGAAGAUCUUUGGCCCCUAUUCCCAACACCCCUCAAAACCAACCCUGCCCGGUGCCACCUGUCAAGAAUUUCCACAGAAGUGACUGUUGCCCACCCACAGACUGUGCCAGCACCCCUGAGGAGAGUAAAUGGUGGCAACGUGGAAAGGACAUGGGCUCUGGAGUGGGACUGGUCUGGAUUGGAACCCCCCCCCUUCCACUCACAGCUGGGGGCCUCAGGCAAGUGACUCGACCUCUCUGAGCUUCCAUUCUUGAGGGUGAUGGUCACAGUUCUGGGGAUUGUUGUGAGGACUGACAUGUGGAAGGAAGGGGCGCGUCUGCAAUAAAAGCAGU